UCCUCUUCGCACUAGCAGCUCCCUCAGAUACAUCUGUUUGCUGCUAGCGCAUGCGUUCAGUACACACUGAACGUCGGACCCGGUCAGACUCCCAGAUGCGAGCUUGGCUCUGAGCCGUUUAUAUACGACUGCGACCUUAACGAUAAGUGACUCAAAACAAUAAUACCUCAGUACCUGCGAGUACCACACUUAGUACCUGUGCGUCAAUGCUAUUGUUAUUCUUUUCCAUUUACCAGUGGCUAGUGUAGCGUGAAGUGCUUUCAAAGGUUCGUUCUGCAUUCAACCAAUUCGUUGACUUGCGCUCGAACAAUGAAAAAAUCAGUUUGAAAUGUUAAAAUAUUUUGCGGAUGUGAAUUAAUUUGUCCUUGUCGGAAACGUGGAAAUUUCGAAAUUCAGCAAAUAUUAGCAGUGCUCAUUUCAAAAUCUGUUUUCCAAACAAAAAUUGCUAGUUUCCGCGAAUGGACGCUAUAGGUAGCUCCUUCGUCGAGAAAGUGCAACCACGGAAGGAUGGAUUCUUCCUAACAAGGCUGAUUUACUCCUGGACACCACUCAUCUGGAUAUACAUUUGGAAUAUUCUCAACUCUUUUUGCGCAACCAUCUUUGAGGCCCAGGUAGAGUUAGAAUCAACAUGCUUAGUUUUUAUUGACUUCUAUUGUGAUCGCCACUUCUUAUAUAAUCAGCUGCAUUUAUUUGCCAGAGCAGUGGAAUACAGCUACAAUCACGUGGAUAGAGUUCGAAUCAACCAGCUCUCAUCAACACCACCCGGGCUCCCAGUGCCAGGAUCCAGGAGGCGGCAGAACGUAGCCAAUCAUUUGGAUUUGGCUACAACUGCACCGGAACAUCUCUAUCCGCAUCUAAAAAAUAACAAAAGAUUCUCGGACUGCAAUAACAACCAAAAGCAUUUGAAUCUCGAAGACUACUACACUCACAUUCAGGGAGAGAAAACACAGCAGUACGAGGAAAACUACUACGAAAGUUACGAAAACAACAACGAGGGCGACGAUAGUUACCGUUAUCUGAGAGAGGGAUCUGGCAAUGACGUAUGUAGCCUGCGAAGGACACGGAGUUUAGCUGUUAUUAGAGAGGAAACGUAUAACGAUCUGCAAAUUAACUCCGCUAGAAACUCGAGGCGUUCCCAACUUAUUCCGAGGGCGAAAUUAGUGAAUCGCAGCUUCAAUAAAGAAAGAUAUCAUCAGAAUAAACACAACAAGACAGAGGAGGGAAGUAGCGGCGGAAGUGGGGGUGAGACACAAACGUCCGAAACACGUGAUACCGACGACUAUUAUACGAAUUUGAAGCGUCUGGAUUCAGUAAAGGUUUUCCGGUCAUCGUGGCAAAACGAAAAAAGUGACUUGGACAGUAUUAACUCUGAUUAUUUCAAGAAUUCUCAACAUCAAUCAAGUGAAUUUGCGGAUGUAAACCAGAAGCCAGGAAAGGCACCGGGCGACCGUCAGUUUGAAGUUUUAGAAUUAGAAGUACAUCAGGAAAGUAGUGUUUUACCUGAGACGACCACUUCGAAUUCCGACCGCUCGGACUCUUCAACUAUUGAAGGAGGAGGCGAGUUUCAGACACAUUUCCAAAGCGAGAAUUUUACUUAUACUGAAAGAACAUUAACUCCAAACCAAAGUCAAAUUGACCAAAAUAAUUUGGUCAUCUCAUAUGAUUCUAUUUACCUUUCAUCGGAAGAUAGUUCUGGAGAAACGUUAUUGAGAAACGCGAUACCAGCCGCAGUAGGGAGCAGCCCAGAGUCAGAUUCCUUCACGCAGGUUACAAUCGAGCACUGCGAUAGCGCUGAUCGAUUAUAUACGCGUGUUAACAAGACAUCAACCGCAUCAACCAAACCAAAGAUUUUAGCAGUAACUACCAAAAGAGGAGCUUUGGAGCGUCUUACUUCUAUCUCUACUUCGCAAAUAUUAAAAACUAACGACAUUCAUGUGAUUGACUCAUACCGGCCCAGUCACAUAGACAACCAUUACUGUAGCCUUCCAGAUAUAAACAUAGGUAGAAGCCUAAAAGUAUCCGAAAGAAUUGACGAUAAACUACGUUCUUCAUACGAACAUUCUCGAAAGGAAUACAGCAGUGAAUGUUCGAACAGCCUUAGCACCCGGAAAACAAAAAGAGUUCGUCAGCGGCAGUUCAGUGAAAUAGAUUCAUUAGCCAGCGCAAACAUAUCCUUGAUAACUGUUCAUGACCCACUUGUCUCUGAUGAUGCCAAUCACGAACAAAAUUCAUUAGUGGAACGAGAAAACCAACAAAGUGAAAUUGAAAUUAUCCACGAAACUUUCGUAAGAGAGGAUGACGGAUUAGAUGAGCUGUCACCUGAGGAAAUCACCUCCCAAGAGGAUAUCAGUCAAGAGAAUAUCUCUGAGAGUUCAUCGCCAGAAGUAGAUUUUCUUCUAAAUCACACCACUCAGAAUUUUCCCGGCCAGAUACGGAUAAUUGUUACCGACAGUAAGAAUAAUAUUAUCGAAGAGGAUUCCAUCGAGUCCUCUGCAAGUAAAGCUUUAGAGCAGCCAGAUAACAACAAUAACUUGUGCGAAUGGAAUUUCAAUGAGACUAACAACGACCCAGAUAAUAAUGACGACAGUGACGAGUUAAAGGACUCAAUUAACCCUCAUCAAUUUUACGUCGAACAAGCAGCGCAUAUAGAACCAACUAAAGAAAAGUUUGAAAACGGGGGCACGAAUUCCGUGGCACCUACCUGUUGGCCAAUGAAAAGCAUCCUUAAAAAGGAGUGUCACAAAGAAAGAAAGGCUGAGAUUUACUUUCCUCCUCCACCUCCUAUAAUCUGCGACAGCCUUUCGCCUACAGUGAGGACUUCAUUUGGAAAUAAAUUCAAAGCAGACCGUCCGUUCAGGUCUAAUGAAGAAAACUCGGUCGUGAGAAAUUUCACAACUGUAAAGAUGUCACGUCCUCAAAUACUUCAUGUAAUUGAUUCAAAGCGACACGUCGACUGUAAAAAUGGACGAGACAGCAGUCAUAAUGUCGCGAAGGAAUUUCUAGAAAAAGUUGAUUCAGUGAAGUGUUAUUGGUCGAAAAUCGCUCAGAAUGAUAGUGAAAUUCAAGCCGAGGAAACCUCAAAUGUAAACAGCUCAAAAGGCAAUAACGACCAAAUUUCUGCAGACGAAGUUGAUAGCAGUAAAUGCGAAUCUAUUAUUGCAGCCACUAAUGCACCAGGCGGUUUGAAAUCAGAAUUUAAGAAUGUCUUAAACAGUGACUUCCAGAGUUUUAGCCCAACCGUGGAGAUAAUUGAACUUGACGGUGAAAAGCAAGCUACCAUAGUUAAAGCUGGUCGACUCGACGAGGCCGAUUUUGAUCACGUUCGCUACAAAGUGAUGAAACCCGAUCAAUUUCAAAAGGACCUUCUCAAUAGAUCAAAGAAAGAAGCUCAGUUUGAUGGUCUCAUUCAAUAUCUCCAAGAUUACAGUUUCCAAGAGCUUCUGUCGAAAAAUAACAUUGUCAUCAUUGAACCAGUUCGUACGAAAAUCGAAAAGCCAGUCGAAACAGCGGCGAAGUUGGAGCCCCUUAACUGCAAAAUAACGGGGGGUUCAGGGACCGACACGAAAUCUCCAGCAAAGCGUCAUUUCUUUUACCAACCAGUUCGAGUGAACCGGGAACUGCUCGAGGAGGAACUCCCGAAUCCCGACACCGUUCGAAACGUGAGAAGAUUUUUCGAGGAACAUAGCCUGCAAAAACAAUCUGCAGGUACAGCCGUAAAAUCCAACACUUUAGAUAGUAGCACUACCGGAAAGCGCAGAAGUUUACGUUAUCUCACCAUAGAUACAUCAUAUGGAAACACCGCCUUUCGUAGAUGGGAUUCCGCGAGUCUUUCAAGUGGUAUAUCAAGCGGUGAUUUAUCGUCACCUUGCGAAUGUAACGAGGACCACCGUCAUUACCACAACGACCAACAACACCAUCACCAGCACCAACAUCAUUCUCAACAUAAUGGGCGCUCGAAGGCGAGAAGGGAUUUGGGCUGUGAGAGGGAAGACAUCGAGGAUGACGACCAGGAAGUAUUUACCAGUGAAGAGAAUUUAUGCGAGGAUGAGAUGUGCGAGGAUGAAUCGUACUAUGUCAGCGAGGAUGUUUUGGAGAAAAUACGUGAAUGCGGAUCAACAGUCACUUACUACGGUGGUCGUGUUGUUAAUAAUAAAUCUCCUGAGCUGAGCCCCAUGACACGAGCCAUUAUGCAAGAGAUUCGUGGUAAGGAAUCAUCCGGAGAAUCGAUGACGACAUCAACAGCAAGCGGAACACGAACAUGUCGGACCUGUCAACCAAAUAACUGUCCACAAGAGGAUGACAUUGAAAGGGAAUUUCGGGAUAAUAAACAUUUAGGUAUCCAAUUCAAACUUGUGAAAUCAAAUAGCUGUAGCAGCCGAUUAGAACUAGUUGGAACGGAUAAAUUUGGCCAAAGCCGAUCAACAUCAACUGCUGCAGGUGGUUCAAAUCGCUCACCGUCGCCUACUCGAAACCCUGAAGAAACCGUCCGUGAACUAGUUAAUCGUCUUGAAUCGGGGACGAUUAAAAAUAGUUCUGCACCUCGAAUCAUUGAGUCCAAAUGCAUCGAGAAGACAUACAGACGUAGUCUGCCCCCAAUAAAAACCAUCCCGACUACAAAUGAGGGAAUUACUAUCAACAACCAUCAUAUCGGUACCAAAGAAUAUCUCGGUCUUGUUGAUAUCAUUAACCAUGUGACAGUGAAUAACCACAUUCCAUAUAACGCGAUCCCAAGCGAUGAGAAACCUUCUGAUAAAAUAGUGGCAAGUUCUAAUAAAAUUCCCAGGAAUAAAAACGUCGAUUUGGCUUUUGCUAUGAGUCGAGGAGGGCAAGUUUCGAAAACUAUAUCCACAUCACCAUUACCAGAAGUCAAGACACUGAAUCAUACCGACAAAGUUGAAUCACGUCAUCCAAAUUCAAGCUGCAGCGUCCUGCUUGAACCAUCUCAAAGUCCUGUCGCCACAACUGAAAUUAAUAAAGUUGACUUAGAACAAAGUAAUAAAAGCCCUCCACAAAAUGGUCCAUCUGCUUCCUGUGAUGAUUCUAUAAGAAACACCUUCGCAUUGGAAGAGGACAUGGACGCUCCUUCGUCAAAAGCAAAUGGGGGUGAGCAAAUGACAACACCAAUAAAAUUACCCCAUGACGGCCAACCUGCUUUGUCUCCCACUACAGGAACGACCCCUAUUAAACUCCUAACGAAACAUUAUGUUGCUAAUGAUAAGCGAUUAAUUGAACAACGAAAAUACAAUGAAAUAGAAUUCGAAGAGUUCGAAGUUUACAACCCGGCGACGGCUCAUCAGGAUAACAUCAAUGGUGGCAACAACAACAGUGACGCCGACCCUCCCAGAAAAGACCAAAUAAAUGGGAAGCACAGUUCAUCGUCGGAUAUAGUCGAGAGUUUUGAAGAAAGAAUAUAAAUUUAUUGGGAUUUCUAUUCUUUAGGGUUGCUCAAGGGGAAAAUUUGUCUGCAUUCACGUAGAAACAGCGCUUAAGCACGGUUGUUAGUCAAGUUGGUUGCUGUUAUGUAUAGGAAAUAUGUCGACUAUUCAUUGGACACCAUAUAUUAUAAUUAAUUCUAGAGCUACGCGAGUUGUUGAACUUUGCAGUAGAUAUAAACAGAUUCGUAAUUGCUUCAAGUCCAAAUGAGCAAAAUAUUCCAGAUACCUUGACCUUCCAUUACUUAUAGUAUUAGCCCGUUUCUAUCGAAAAAUAAUCCUCUUGCUUCGCAAUACAGCAGAAUGCUCAAAAGUAAAUAGUUUCAUAUUGUAUUUUUCAGAGUAAAUAAACCAAAACAUUCCAAAAACGGUGAUGGUUGCUCCUUCGUUCUGUUGCUAUAACUAUAUUUAUUGUAAGACCUACCAUCGACCUACGUCUAAAUUUGCUUAUAUGCAUAUAUAUAUCUAAAAAUUUGUUCAUAUACACAACAUAUGUAGUAGUCAUUGUAAUUAUAUCAAUGUAUGAUAAUACAAAAUAAAUGCAUGAUUCAGUAGUCAA